CCCAUUUAAAUAUUUUCAACAGAAAGUGUGAAAACGGAGGAGAGAUAACAAGCGCGGACUUGCGCAGCUUCAAAAUGGCGACAGCAGUUCCAAGCACAACAUGAAGCCGCCGAAAAUGACUUUCUACUUGAAAAAACCCGGCCAAAAUGUUGCUCAAGUGUUGCACAAGUUUGGUGAUCGUCCUCGCAGCUUUCGCCUCGCAUUCUGAUUCAAGCGAGCAGCAGCAGCACAGGACCAAAGCCGCCACGGAAAAGCAGCACGACUUGUGGUGCUACCGUUGCGAUACUAUGGUCGAUGGGGAGCGGUGUCUAGACUUGGCAGGGAAUCAUUCCUACAUGCACACGAAAUGCCACAAAGAACAGAAGAAAUGCCAAGUGAGGAGGAUUUCGAUGUCGACGAGCACGGACGAAAUCACAGGACGGCCCAAAAUGUGGCUUUUGCAACGCAACUGCUCGGAGACUUGCGAACCGGGAUGUAUUGUCAUAGGGGAGAGGACCAAACUCCACUCGUGCAUCACUUGUUGCGAUGAGAAAAAUUUCUGCAACGCUGGGAGUGGAGCCGCAGGAUUGCGUAGCCUGUUUAGCUUGAUUUUGCAGAUUUUAUGACUAUAGUUGUUGAUUUUAUCUAAUAAAUUUUCUUGGAACAA